AGUCGCGCUCAAUCCAUGAUGAGGUUGGCACGCGUCAGCGUCGCCCCCGACACCGGACGUACGUGUGUCGCGACGUAAACACAACCAGUGAAGUGAACAACUGUUAUUUAUAAUGUCUUCAUAAUUCUUCAUUGACUCGAUUACUGCGAUCAAGUAACAAUUUUAUGGUAAUUUCGCUGUAUUCGAUUAAGACAAAUGUGUUUGGAAAAUGUUUCAAUUGCUGACUCUUUUGUUAGUGACUUUGAGUGUUGAUGCCGCUUAUGCUCCAAAAGGCGUGGAUAACUGCAGCCAUCAGUUGGAUAGUGACAACAAUGGCACCUGGUGCCGGGUGCGAACUCUAGAUGCCGAUAGAGCUAGUUUGGCAUCUGCUCCCGCAGAGCUAACGAAGCGUUUAACAGUGGAGUGUAAUCAAUUACUACUUUUUGAAAGUUACUUAGAAGCUAACUAUUUUCAAAGAUUUUCUUCACUCGCAGAGUUAAUUGUUCGAAACUGCAAACUUCUGCGGAUACCAGGCAACACCUUCGAAGGACUACGUGAACUUAAAAAGUUAUCAGUCCGUUCUAAAAAUAGUGACUGGAGUCCAAACAAAAAUCUAGAACUAUCACAUGGAACUUUCAACGGUUUAAGAGAACUACAAGACUUGGAUUUGGGCAAAAAUAAUUUGAAAUCAAUUCCUUCUGAUGUCUUCUGUCCUUUAGAUAAUUUACAAGUACUCAAUCUCACUGAUAAUAAACUAAAAAGUGUAGAUAGAAUCGGUUUUGGUAAAAGCUGUGGUUCCGGCGUACGAAGUUUAGAUUUAAGUCACAAUGAACUUAAAACAUUGACGGAGGACUCAGAAAUUACGGGAUUACGUAGACUUCAAGAACUGCGUCUUCAGUAUAAUAAUAUAAGUGACAUUUCAAGUGAAACAUUUAAUGGACUAAUUUCACUUAGAAUAUUGAACAUUUCCUAUAACAACCUUCAGUUAAUACCCGAAGGCACAUUUGCAAACACAAAAGAGUUGCGAGAAGUGUAUUUGAAUAAUAACCAGCUAUUUGAAUUAGCCAGAGGCGUUUUCCAUCGAUUAGAACAGCUGCUUGUCUUAGAUUUAUCGAAUAAUCAACUUUCAAGCACUCACAUUGAUGGCGGAACGUUUACUGGCCUCAUACGCUUAGUCAUUCUGGAUUUAUCUAAUAAUGCUUUGACAAGGAUAGAUGGUAAGACGUUUAAAGAUCUUUUCUUUCUACAGAUAUUAAAUUUAAGGAAUAACUCGAUAGGAUACAUUGAAGAAAAUACUUUUCUUCCUUUAUAUAAUUUGCAUACAUUAAUUUUGGCAGAAAAUCGUUUACAUACAAUUGAUGAAUUUUUGUUUAAUGGACUGUUUGUACUUAGUAAACUGAAUCUUAAUAAUAAUUUAUUAAUAAACAUUGAUCCUAAAGCGUUCAAAAAUUGUUCAGAUUUAAAAGAAUUAGAUUUAAGCUCAAAUCAACUACCGGUUGUACCUUCUGCAAUUUGGGAACUGUCUCUUUUGAAAACUUUAGAUCUUGGUGAAAAUCUCAUUUCGGAUAUAAAAAAUGGUUCAUUUAGAAACUUAGAUCAACUAACAGGACUGAGAUUAAUCGAUAACCAAAUCGGUAAUUUAAGCAUUGGUAUGUUUUGGGAUCUCCCAAAUUUACAAGUAUUAAAUUUGGCUAAAAACAAAAUACAAGCUGUUGAAAGAGGCAGUUUCCAAAGAAAUAAACAACUAGAAGCUAUAAGACUAGAUGGUAAUUUUAUAUCUGACAUUAAUGGGGUGUUCUCUGCAUUAAUGAGUUUGUUAUGGCUUAAUUUAUCAGAAAAUCACCUUAUUUGGUUUGAUUAUGCUUUCAUUCCUACGAAUUUGAAAUGGCUUGAUGUACACGGUAAUUAUAUCGAACACUUGGGUAACUAUUAUAAGCUACAAGAUGAGCUUCAUAUAAAAACAUUAGACGUGAGCUAUAACCGAAUCACUGAUUUAUCUCCACUAUCUAUUCCUAAUAGUGUCGAAUUGUUGUUCAUAAACAACAACCGCAUAAAUAAUAUCCUAGUAAAUACGUUUAUGGAGAAAUAUAAUCUGACAAGAGUUGAUAUUUACGCAAAUGAGAUAUCUCAUUUAGAUAUAAACAGCCUCCGGAUAUCCCCAGUUCCGUCGAACAAGUCCUUGCCAGAAUUCUACAUCGGAGGAAAUCCGUUUAACUGUGAUUGCUCAAUGGAAUGGUUGCCUUUGAUAAACAAUAUGACAGCAAUGAGACAACACCCUCGGAUAAUGGAUCUUGAGAAUGUAUUAUGCAAAAUGACACAUGCAAGAAGUGUGACACACAUACCCUUAAGUAAUCUGAAAUCGACCGAUUUCUUAUGCACUUAUGAGACCCAUUGUUUUACGCUAUGUCAUUGUUGCGAUUAUGUAGCUUGCGAUUGCCAAAUGACGUGCCCAAAUAACUGUUCUUGUUAUCAUGAUCCUACUUGGCAUACGAAUGUUGUUGAUUGCUCCAGUCAACGUGGUAUGGAAAUACCAGAAAAAAUUCCUAUGGAUGCAACCGAGGUCUAUUUGGACGGGAACAACUUCAAAGAAUUGCAAAAUUAUGCAUUCAUAGGCAGAAAAAAUAUGAGAUCGCUCUAUGUAAAUUCAAGCGAAGUUGAAAACAUACAAAACAAAACGUUUGCCGGCUUAUCCUCCCUCAUUAUUUUGCAUCUCGGUAACAAUAAACUAAAACAAUUAGAUGGCCACGAGUUCGAACAUCUGACACAGCUUAACGAGCUAUAUUUACAAGAUAAUUUUAUAAGUCACAUAGCGAACUCAACUUUUUCUGCUUUGUAUUCAUUAAAAAUUUUAAGAUUAGAUGGCAAUAGGCUAAUAGAUUUUGCUGUUUGGAACUUAAAUAGUAAUAAAAUUAAUUUAAAAGCUCUAGCGCUUGGUAACAAUUUAUGGUCAUGUAAAUGUAGAUACCUACAAAGAUUUACCGCUUUUAUAUCUGACAAUGUUCCUAAAAUUAUAGAUAUUACAGACGUAUGGUGCUGGAAUACCGACUCUCCGUCGCCACAAAAGAAAGAACUAAACCUUAAUGGUACAAUAUGCAGCGACUAUUAUGCAGGAGAUUCUGUUAUAGAUAACAUGUUGGUCUCAAAUUAUAUGCCUAUGAUGGUAACUACACUCACUGGAUUCAUGCUGAUCAUGCUAGUCAUCCUCGUAAUUUUCUUAUUUAGAGACACGAUUCGCAUAUGGCUCUAUACGAGCUGUGGGAUAAGAUUGUUUCCAUUCACUGGAGCGUACGACGACACUGAUAAAUUAUACGAUGCUUAUGUCUGCUACAGCCCAAAGGAUGAUGAUUUUGUUAUUCAAACGUUAGCCGCUGAGUUGGAAAAUGGAAGCCCUUCGUAUCAUCUGUGUUUACAUUAUAGAGAUAUACCACAACAUAACGUUGCUUAUAUGCAAUGUACAUUACCGUUGCCUGAAGCAGCGGAAGCUUCCAAAAGGAUUAUUAUAAUUCUGACCAGGAAUUUCAUAGAAACGGAAUGGUCCCGUUUCGAAUUCCGACAAGCGUUGCAUGAAAUUCUGAAAUCACGAAUUUAUAGCUUAGUUAUCAUAGAGGAGAGUUCGGUGUUGCCUGAGGCAGAAUGUGAUCCAGAUUUGAGGCCGUAUCUCAAAACAAGUUCGAGGAUACGGUGGGGCCAAAACAAAUUUUGGGAGCGGUUGCGUUACGCGAUGCCAGAUCGAAAAUAUAAAUCGAAACCUUCUAGUUAUAGAAACAAUAUAAAUUCAUAUACGAUGAGAAGUAACGUACAGAAUGGUACAAUGAGAUCGUUUUCCUUUACGGAAAAAGCGAGAGGCCCGGCAGACGGGGUCAGUUCUACGCCUGAAUUUAAUGACAACAGACCGCAACAGGCUCAUAUUGUUUCAUACGGUACUGACGGCAGGCCACCUUCAGAUCAUAUAUAUUCAUCUAUAGAUUCAGAUUAUUCGUCAUUAGAAUUAGGUGGAAAUAAUCCGAAUAGAAGGAGGGAAUUUAGACAUUGGCCACCUCCGCCACCCUUAAUCGACACCCAGUCGUCAGGCCAAGCCUAUCUUGUCUAGUCUGCUUGCAAACUCAAUAUAAAAAUAGAGAACAUUUAGUCAAAGCUUCAUGUGAAUAUUGUAUUACCGCAACGCGCGCUUUACCAAAUAAUUAAAAUUUUAAUCUAUUUUUGUAAUUUCUCGCCGUUCCAAAGGGCGUUCAUUUCAUGAUUUUGAUGUAAAUACAUUCUAUAAGACUGCUGUAGUAUAUUAUAAUUGUGAAUUUGUAUAUAAUGUGUAAAUAAAUGUCCAUAUAAGUCACGAGUAUACUAUUUAUAUACUUUAAUAAAGCCAUUGUGAUAAUUUUUGC